AUGUAUCGUCGAUUACUAUUCGAUGACGAUGACGAUGAUGAAGAGAUUAUUGCUAUGCAACGUCGACCUCGGAUAUUUUAUGAAAGAGUCAACUAUUGUGAAUUGUAUGAUGAUCAUGAUUUCAUAAAUCGAUUUCGUAUUUCAAAAGCUACGUUUAGUAUGGUCUUGAGAUUGAUAGAAAAUGAAAUAUCACCUCCUUCUCAAAGAAACAGAGCAAUAUUGGCACCUUGUAAGCUGUACAUGUUGCUGAGGUAUCUUGCUACAGGUUCUUUUUUGUUAGCUAUUUCUGACUUUGUUGGGGUUAGUGAAUCAUCAGCCUGCCGUUACAUUCACCAAACAUGUAGAGCCAUAGCAAAGCAAAAACCAAAAUUCAUGGCGUUCCCAAUGAAUGAUGUUGAUACGAAAAGAGUAUUCACUGGAUUUUACAACCGAAGUAGAUUCCCCAGAGUAAUAGGAGCUAUAGACUGUACCCAUAUAAAAAUUCAGUCACCAGGUGGAGAUAAUGGGGAAACCUUCAGAAAUAGGAAAGUUGCUCGAUGGCCAGGGUCAUGCCAUGAUCAAACCAUUUUCGACAAUUCUUUAAUAAAACAUAAAUUUGAAACAGGACUCAUAAAAGGAUAUCUCUUAGGUGACGGUGGGUAUGAAGUGAAGCCCUACCUUAUGACUCCUCUGCUGGCCCCUAGGACACAAAGCGAGCAGUUGUACGAUGAAAGUCACAUCAGGACUAGAAAUGUUAUUGAAAGAUGUUUUGGAGUUUUAAAAAGAAGAUUCCCAGUGCUCAGCAAAGGAAUUACAGUUAAUUUAAAUAACACCCAAGCAAUUGUUGUGGCAUGUGUGCUGUUAUGCAUAAUAUCUGUAUUGAUAUGCAUGAUGAAGUUCCAAAUGAUUUGUGUGAAGACAACUAUGAUGGAAAUGUCAGAGAAGAAAACUUUUUCGAUUUGCCAGGAAAUACAAGAGGUAGGCAAGAAAGAGAUCGGGUGA